AUGGUGGCCCAAUUACUAGGGCUGGCCUUUCUAUUUCUACCUACCAACCUGGUCACCUUUACUACAUAUGGCAUGUCUGUGUAUCCUCUCCCUCCUCCAGCGGUGCAGAUCGAUAACAACAAAGGGGAGGUGGUGUACCAGGACACCAGUGUGUAUGGGGUGGUGGGAAAAGCGGUAAUCCUUGAGUGCGGUACCACCUUACCUGACAUGUACAUAUGGAGCUUCACCAAGCCCGGUACUGAAGCUAUAAAAGCUGUGGUGUAUGAUUUGGGGUACGGGCCGAAGCUCCAGAAGCUGGCCGAGACACUCGGACAGCUGACAGUCAUCUCAAACAGUGCAGCUGUGAGCAUUGAGAAACUGCCUCUGGCUGCUCAUGGCCUCUUCACCUGCCAGGCCUUCUAUGACAUAGAAGUGGAGCCCAAAGUCUACUACUACUACGUGCACCUCACUGUCCGAGUUCCCGUCAGUAAACCUUACCUCUUGAUCAGUGACGCAUCACCAGUGGAAGGAUCUACAAUGUGGAUGCGCUGCAAUCUGGACAAUGGGACUGGACCGAUCCAGUAUGUGUGGCAGCAUGAAACACGCAGUGGCAACAUCUCAACCUUUGCACAGGGCAACACCAGCGUUGUGAACAUAACCGACAUCAACCGUGACCACACAGGCUGGUACCGCUGUGUGGCCAGCAACGCCGUCAACAGCGAGACCUCCAAUCGGUUAUGGCUGGACAUCAUCUUUGGCCCGGACAUUCCUCAGAUAGACGUGACUCCGUACAGUCUGACAGAGCGGGGAUACUCGGCCCUGGAGAGAGAGACUGUUUCUUUAAUGUGUCAGGCCCAGUCCAACCCGGUCAGUCAGUACGUCUGGUUCUACAAUAACUCCCAGGUCUUCACCGGGCCGCAGUUCACCAUCAUCAAGAUCCUCCGCAUGCACACCGGCGACUACACUUGCUUGGCACAGAACACCUACCUCAACACCCGCUCCAAAAAAACCAUCAGCCUGACUGUCUACUACCCGCCCGAUGGCUCCCCCUCCUGUUCUGUGGAGCCUGCUCUGAAUUACACCUCUCUGAGAUUGCUCUGCUCCUGGUCCGGUGGAUUCCCUUCACCCUCCCUUAAAUGGACCGGAGACCUGAAAGGAGUGGGACAAGACGAGGCAGGCGCAGGGCAACAAACAAAUCCACUGACUAACACUGCCAUUGUGCUGCCAUCUGAAGACGUGACUAUCAACAACAGCUUGUUUACAUGCACGGGCUCCCACGUGGCACUCAAACAAUCGACAGAGUGCAGCACACGCACAUAUAUUCCCCUUGCAGAGCCAGUGUGUUUUGCCUAUGUGACUAACAACAACCAGUAUCUGAUGCUGUCCUGCUCCUGGGAUGGAGGGGCCCCGAAAGCCUUGGUGUGGUGGGAAGGCCCGGGAGGCCAAGGCAAAGGUGGGGAAGAAAACUCCAACAUCCUGAUCAUUCGCUCUGGCACCGCCCCCAGCGGGAAACCCUACACCUGCUAUGCUAAGCAUCCACUUCUGGGCCAAACCAAGACCUGCAGGCUCACACUGGAGGCUCCUGUAUUGCUGACACAGCGCAGAGUUGUGUCUGUAUACGAGGGGAGUGAUGUCCAGCUCACCUGCAACCUGAGAACCAACUACCUUCCUGUCAGUGAAAUCAGCUGGUUUAAUAAUCGGGGAGUGGAUGUCCAAGGCACCUCGAAGUACACACUGCUGCGAACAUCUGCAUGGGCCAAUCUGACUGUGAGAGACACACGUGAGACUCAAGACAGCGGCGAGUACAGGUGCUCCACUUCCAACGCAGUGGGAGGAACUGAAAUCAAUGUCACUUUAGUGGUCAAGAGGUACCCAAUGCCACCCAAUACAACCCUGGUCAAGACAAAGUACAACAGCCGACAGCGUAACGAGGUGGACCUGGAGUGGCAGGUACAGAACGAGACAGAUGGAGGUUGGACAGGUUUCAUCCUGGAGCACAUAUGGGUGUCAGAGCGACCAGGAAGGAGAGGCAGCAGCAAUGAUUCAAAGGUGACGAUCAGCCCACCAGUCUGGUACAGUAACAUCAUCGAGGACCCAGACAUCAGGAGUCAUACAGUAGGGAGUCUGAUACCGACUGCUACCUACCGGUUCCGCAUCACACCUGUGAACCACCGCACCAUCGGACACCCCUCUGCAGCAAAGACUCCAGCGGAACCACGCUACAAUUUGUACCCUGCUGUGAUUGGAGCAGUUAUAGGCGGAAUGCUCUUUGCAGCCAUCCUCACAGCGCUGCUGUUUGUGUUCAUAAUUCGCAAUCGCAACAACAAUCCUCGACUACAUGACAUGUUGUUUGGUUUGCAGCACAGCCAGUCGAGGGAAAACAUCAACAUCCCAGAGGAUGAAGUAGUAGGCGGCUCAGAGGGAGGAGUAGAGGAGAUUGGUGGAUUAUCCAGUCCAGGUCCGACCAUGGCUAUACCCCGGGCAUCUUCACCCCUCACCACCUCACCUGGGAGUGCCAUUCCCACUACCAGCCAAGCCCCUCCCCCUGGAGAUGACAAUGAACCCGUCAGCGUCACAAUCACCGUCAACGUUACAGACCCAUAGUCAUCAGACUCAUUCAGUUAUAAUGUAACCUGGAAUUGUUGUUUUUGUAGACAGUAGAUAGUUUGCACAAGCAUUACAGUGACUUUGAUCUCAAUUCAACUACAAUAGUCAUU